CCCGGGGGGGCAGGAAACGCGUCGCUGCAGUUACACAAAGCAGGAAGGAGGGGGGGGGAAGUUUGGGGGAGCCCCCUGUCCUUACUCCCCCCAAAUCCACCCUGUCCACCCCCCCACCCCCAGAUCCAUUUCCCGCUUGGAAAACAGCCCCCCCCUUCCCAAAACAACAAACCCCCAACAAUUCGGGCGAUUCCCACAAUUGCCCCCCGCUCAAAACCGGGCGGCUCGGGGGCGUCCGUGCCGGGACCCGCCCUUUUUUCUCCUUAGGGGUUCCCCCCGCCCAAAUUCCUGUCUUUCCAAGGUUUCCCCCCCGCUUCUCCCAGCGUUUUUUCCCCGCUUUUUUCCCAGUGGCGCAUCCGGCGGGGAAUGGGAUGACGGGACUUUCCUGUUCCCGGCCCCGCGCCCGCCUCGCGACCGGGGAGCGCCCCCGCCACGACCCCCUCGGACCCCCGAGCCCGACGGGACCCUCGGAGCCACCCCCAGGCCCCUCCGGAACCCCCCCGGCCCCUCCCGCGCCGCGGAGCCUCCGAGGUUUUUGGGGCUGAGUCUGGAGCAUCUGCGGGACCCCCCACGACCCACAAAGAGCAGCCCCCCGGGAGCCCCCAUGGAGCAGGACGAGCCAGACGUGGUGGAACUGCAGGACUCGGACGAGGGGGACGUGGUUCGGAGGGUCUUCAUUGCUGACGAUGGCAUCGUGAGCGACGGCGAGGCCGAGGUGCUGCCGCACGAGAUCAUCCGCACGGUGAUCCCGCACAGCCCCCUGCGCCCCCCACCGCCCCGCGGGACCCCCGGCCCAGCCCCGGGCGGCUCUGAGGAGGGCGGGGGACGCCGGGGUGGCGGCCGCCAGCGCCCCUUCAUCUGCAACGAGUGCGGCAAGAGCUUCAGCCACUGGUCCAAGCUGCUGCGGCACCAGCGUACGCACACGGGCGAGCGGCCCAGCACCUGCGGCGAGUGCGGCAAGAGCUUCUCGCAGAACUCGCACCUGGUGCAGCACCGCCGCACCCACACCGGGGAGAAGCCGUACAGGUGCGGCCACUGCGGCAAGAGCUUCUCCUGGAGCUCCAACCUCAUCCAGCACCAGCGCAUCCACACCGGGGAGCGUCCGUACGGCUGCGCCGAGUGCGGCAAGAGCUUUACGCAGAGCAAGAACCUCAUCAAGCACCAGCGCACCCACGCCGGGCCGGGGGCGGCGCGGCCGCGGCGCUGCGCCCACUCCGCGAGUGCCUCGAGGGCGCUGAAGGGGCCGCGGGCGGGGGGCGAGGGCGAGGGGCCCGCCGGGGGUGAGAGCGGCUGCGGGCAGGAGCCGCUGAUCUGCGUCGAGUGCGGGGAGAGCUUCGCCCGGAGCGCCGCGCUCAGGAGGCACCGCCGGGGGCACCGCCCGCUCUUCGUGCCCUGAGGGGACAAUGUGGGUACAAUGGCACCGAGAUGUGGGACACUGCCCGCUCUUUGUGCCCUGAGGGGACACCAAGGUGGGGACACAAGGACAGUUGGACAAUGCUCUGGCAGCUGUUGCUGUCCUGCGGGGACACACAGACAGUGAGCUACCCUGGUGGGGGACGCAGGGACUGUACCACAGACAGGGGACACGGUGCCACCAUGCCAGAGGACACAGGGAGUGUUUCGUGGGCAGGAUGUGGUGACAGAGCUGGGGUCACAAGAGUUGUGCCACAGGUGAUGGGGUGUGGUGACACCGAGCUGGGAGACAGUAGAGGGCACCUGGUCCGGGACAAGACACUGUGACUCCAAGACGGACAGGACAGAGUGGAGUGACACAGAGCUGAUGGCCCUAAGCUCACCCCAUGCCCUGGGUCACCCUCGGUGCCCCUCACUGUCCCCCGUCGGUGCCACAUCCCAGAGCUGUAAAUAGGGGAAGGGGGGAGGGACACGAGGGGCGGGAGGUGACACCAGGAUGCCCCUGUGGGG